GAAUUCGGGUUUUUUUUAGAAGGUGUACAGCUACUGAAGAUAUUGUGAACAUUCCGAGCGAUUGCGCUCACCUCCACCAUGGCACAAUAACGGCUGCAGCGGCCCCAAAAGCGGCAAACCCAGCAGUGCCUCAGCGCAGUGCACUGGCUUUAUAUUUUGCAAAAAUGGCGUCCCCUGGGGCUACUCUCAGCACUGCUGCAGUCGACAGCACAAUAGAACCGCUCGACUCCUCCUCGUCAGCAGACCCGUCUCUCUUCCUCGCACGCGCAGCUGUUCCGCAGAACCACCUGACGAGCGGCCAUGUCUCUGAACUCUCACCUGGCGCUGGGAGACGUGGGGGCCCUUCUCUUGGGCCCCUCGUUUCUGAUGGCUGACCCUCUGGGGCCCCUUCUGGAUGAAGAUGAAGAAUACUCGGGGGGGUCCUCUACUCCCCUCUCUCUCUCUUCCGCUGCCUCUCCCUCUUAUCUUCUUUCCCUCUCUCCCCCUCCCUCCCCUCCUCCUGCCCUAGGAUGCAGGCUUGGGGAUGAGAUGCUUGCCUUCCCUUGGCUGUGUGACAGCGAGGUGCUGGAUGUCUCCAGUCCAGCCGGUGACAAGGAUGAUGGCUUAUCAAGCAUGGACUGGAUGGCGGAGGAUAUAGACCUGAGCGAGUUCGACUCCCUCAUGGGCACCUACGAAUCGGACGAGCCCCCCAGCUCCCCAGAGGAGCUCAUAGCUUCCCUGGAGUCUGGCAUGGGUCCCCUGGAUCUGGAUCCCCUGCAGCUCACCGCCUCCAUAGUCCCCCCGCUAGAAGAGCCGGCCGUCCCACAGCCUGAACCUUCUCCCCUCUCCCCUCCGUAUUCCCCAGAGCCCCCGCAGGAAAUAGAAGUCAAGUCCGAACCCCCCUCCCCGGCCCUCCUGCCCACCUUCGCCCUGGAGCUGGGCAGCGAGGUGGACGUGGCGGUGGACGUGGCGGAGGACGUGCGCGCCGCCCCCGGCAUCAUCCUCUCCCUCUCCCACAUCGUCGUCCUCCUGGCCCCCAAAGAAGAGGCGGCCCCCGUCUCCCUCGACGACCAGUCCGACACCGACAGCGGCAUCGGGUCCGUCUCCGGUUCUCCCCGCCCCGGCUCCUGCUCCACCCCACCCCCCUCGGCCCCAGCCCCGGCCCCACGGCCCGCCUCCAGGCCCAAACCGUACUCCAUCCUCAAGAAAUGUGAACCCGCGGCUAAGCCCGGGAAGGUCAAGUCUGCCCCCGUGGUGGUGGAGAAGAAGCUGAAGAAGAUGGAGCAGAACAAGACCGCCGCCACGCGAUACCGGCAGAAGAAGAGGGUGGAGCAGGAGUCCCUGAGCGGCGAGUGCAGCCAGCUGGAGGAGAGGAACCGAGAGCUGGCGGAGAAGGCCGACUCCAUCAGCAAGGAGAUCCAGUACCUGAAGGGCCUCAUCGAGGAGGUGCGCAAUGCCAAGAACAGGAAGAAGGGCCGCGCAGAGUGACUCAGUGCAUUUUAACCCCACCUGCUGAUGCAGUAUUUUAGUUUGUCUGUGCUCGUGUCGGAGUUAGGAACAUGAAUUAAAAUCCCCACCCCACCCAUACUACCCCCCCCCCCCCCCCGCCAAUCAAUCAAUUUCAACCGCUCCAUGACAAUCACAUCUUUGUCAGUUACUCCCACUUUCAUUUUCCCCAGUUCUCUGCAUGUAUUAAAGAGCCCUUUCAUCUUCAGUCCAGUUAAGGGGUCACAUUGAUUUAUCCAACUGUCUUUACACCUAACUCAAGUGGUUUUUGUAAAAUGGCCUCAUUUGUGCUCAAUGUGGAUUUUAUUUAUUACAAAAACCUCUUAUCUUUGUAUAUAGUCUGUCAGGUGCCGCUGGUAAGAUUGGCUUGAUAAAAAAGGCUUUCUAUGUUUUCAAAUAAAGCUCUAGUGAAACUCA